AUGGCGCCAAUCCAUGAGAAUGCUGAACAUGCUGAUACUGACGAAGGCAGCGAUGGAGAAUCAUACAUUGAGGAAGAAAUAAUAGAUUCAGAAGAAGAUGAUGAAAGUGUGGAAGAAGAAAUAUCAGAAGAAGAAGAAGAAGAGGUUGAAGAAGAAGAAAUAACAGAAGAUGACGAAAGUAUGGAGGAAGAAGUGGUUGAUGAGGACGAAUCCGACGAUGAGUCAGCAAAAGUCAUAAUGGAUAAGAAGUCCAAUCCCAAAAGUGAAGCAAGAUCAAAACUUUUGCAGGAAAUUGCAACCCAAAGAAAACUGGCCGAGAAUCUUAAGAGUAAAAAUCAAAGCAGUGAUCUGAAUCGAAAACAGGCAUUGGCAAAGCUUCGCCGUCAGGCUGCCCGCGACGAGUUGGCUAGGAACAAUAGCAAGCUAAAGGCAGAAAAGGUGGCUCGCAGUACUGCUGGUACUUCGGCAGCUAGCAGUCUUACGGGCGAUGUGCGAAAGAAGGCGUCAAUGGAACGAAUACAAGCGUCCGUUGACGUGGAAAAAAUAAAUGCCGUGGAGAUCCCGCCUAAGCAAACCCCUGUGUCUCCUUUGCAAUCGGGUCAAAUGCAAACCCCUGACGAUUCGUCCCGUUCAAUAAAGGACUCCUCGCACAUAGCAAAUAUGAAAUCGAAAUUGAAGCCGGCUCCCUUUUUAAACCGAACAAGUUCCCACUCUCGUGUAACCGAAUGGAUCAGAGAAGAUCCUAUGGAAAUACAACCAGCUUCCAAUGGUGCACCACUCCUAUCGGAGGAAAAUAUCAGAAAUGGCGUCGCGUCAGAGAAGAUAAAAACACCACAAGGUUCCGUUUCAGAUGAAAGCUAUUGGCGGAAGAAGCAGCCAUCAUUUGGCAAACAACGAUCAUUCGGUCAAUCUGUUGGAAGUCAAAGUGGAUCAAUCCCUCUGAAAUCACGGAGCAAUGACAUGAGUAUAUCAUCAUCAACUACUAGUAAAGUAAACCAGCAGAGUGCCGUGUUGGAGGUGAAUAACUAUUAUUCGCUUGCGCAACUCCAGGCAAAGAGUGUGGAUGGGAUUGAUGGUGCCCACCGUGAAAAGUAUCUGUCUCCGAAAGAGUUUGAAGCAAACUUUAAAAUGACAAAAGAAGAAUUUCAUAAGCUGCCACGAUGGAAGCAGAGUGAAGCAAAGAAGGCGUUAAACUUAUUCUAG